GUCUACAAAUGCACUACCAAAAAUACUAAUUUUGACUGAUGAACAUGGAACUAAGAAAACAGUUUAAAGAUGUCCAAAUUUUGCAAAUUACUAAACCUGGAGCAACUUUAGGCCAAGUGAUAGAAAAUAUUGAGAUGUUGGUAAAAGACUUUAGUUUUAAGGAUUAUGUUAUUGUUAUGGGCGACGCAAAUGAUUUCCUGCUUGAUAAAUAUCCAAGUAUGAGAUUUUUAAAUUUUAAAUUAAAGCAAUGUACAAAUACCAAUUUAAUAUUACUUUCGAUGCCAAAAAUUAAUAAAAAUAAUAACCGUGUAUUUAAAUUUAUUUCAAAACUGCAGUUAUAUUAAUU